AUGAAAUCUUGGAAGGAUAGAUUCGCAAAAGUGCAAGUGAAGGAGUCCGAACUGCCUUCUUCUAUACCAGCGCAAACUGGGCUGACGUUUAAUAUAUGGUAUAACAAAUGGUCCCAAGGAUUUGGCGGGAAUACGCGGUUUGUCAGUCCCUUUGUUUUGCAGCCACAACCUCACUCGGGGAAGACUAGAGGUGACAAUGACGGUCAGUUGUUCUUCUGUCUAUUUUUUGCAAAGGGCAUGUGCUGCCUCGGCCGCAAAUGUCAAUAUUUGCAUCAUAUACCAGGCGAAGAUGACGUGGGGAAGCUGGCUCUGAGAACAGAAGUACUGGACUGCUUUGGUAGAGAAAAGUUUGCUGAUUAUAGGGAAGACAUGGGUGGAGUUGGUUCGUUUAGAAAGAAAAACAAGACACUGUAUAUAGGUGGUAUUGAUGGGGCAUUGAAUAGUAAGCAUUUGAAACCCGCUCAAGUAGAGAGCAGAAUUCGGUUUGUAUUUUCCCGGUUGGGCGACAUUGACAGAAUACGAUAUGUCGAGGACAAAAACUGCGCAUUUGUGAAGUUUAAAUAUCAAGCGAAUGCUGAAUUCGCUAAAGAAUCCAUGAGUAAUCAAACAUUGCUUCUGCCCAGUGAUAAGGAAUGGGAUGGUAGAAGAGAAGGUACAGGACUGCUGGUGAAAUGGGCGAAUGAAGAUCCUGACCCGGCCGCACAAAGACGGCUUCAAGAAGAACAAAAAAUAGAGUCACUAAACAUGAUGGUACGUCUAAUCAAAAGCAAUAGCAGCAGUAAUGCUGCUACUAUGGUUAACGAGGAGACUAGAAAAAGAUCGAACACAAAGGCAGCUUCAGAAGUUAGUGUUAAUAAUGCUAAGAAAAGGCUGUUACCCAUAGAUAAUGGAUUGGGAGGUGAUGAUUUCAUAGAAAAAUUGAAGAGAUUGAAAAAAAGUACUAAUAAUGGGGAUGGCUCAUCUGACUCAUCCCUCGGAGUAGUUGAUGGUCCCUUGAUAGAUUAUCUUUCUUCCGAUGCAGAUGAAGAGUAG